UGCUCGCACUUGCCCAAUGAGGACGAGGAAUGUUGAAAGGCUGUUUUAUCACUCAUGACCGAAGCAAUAUUGAUGAUUUGAAUGAGAAAUAUUUCUGGAGGAGAUGUUCCGCGGUGUGCUGGGGAAGACCCUGGGCCUGGUGGGCCUGACGGUUCAGUACGGCUGCAUCGCCCACUGUGCCUUCGAGUACAUCGGCGAGCUCGUGGUGUGCUCCGGUCCGUCCAUGGAGCCCACUAUCGUAGGCAAAGAUGUCGUGUUUUCAGAGCACGUGAGCCGCCAUCUUUUUAAAAUUGAGAAGGGCGAUAUAGUCAUUGCCAAGAGUGCGUCUGACCCUCACAUGAACAUCUGCAAGCGGGUCAUCGGCCUGGAGGGGGACAAGGUGUGCACCAGCAGCCCCUCGGACAUAUUCAAGACCCACACGUUUGUUCCGUUGGGCCACGUAUGGUUAGAAGGGGACAACCUGAAGAACUCCUCAGAUUCUAGGUCCUACGGCCCGGUGCCCUACGCCCUGAUCCGAGGCCGGGUUUGCAUGAAGCUCUGGCCCCCACACCGUGUUGGCCCCAUGAAUGAAAGCCCGACGGGGAGAAUCAUCCAAACCAAGCCUCAGUCAGACUGGGAUUGACUCGAUCGCUGUUUAUAUGCUCUAGUUUAAUAUAUUUCAUGUUUUUAAAAUAAAAAAAUAUCGCUCUCA